AUGGAGUCAUCCUCAAAGGGUCUGCUCACCCAAGUUACUCAAUUCUGGAACCUCCUAGAUGAUCUGGCUGAAAGUAACCCUGAGAGCUAUGAGAAGUUCAUUCAACAGCAGAUGAAAGAGGGGAAACAGCUCUGUGCUGCCCCAGAACCACAGUUCUGUCUACAAACCAGGAUCCUGAAACCGAAAGAAAAAAUACUUUUUAUCAACCUAUGUCAGUGGAAAAGGAUCCCAGCUCCCCAGUCAGCCACUCAUCCAGUACCUCUACGUGUUGGCAGACCAGAAGAUAUGUCUGAGACAUCAGAUGUUUACACAGUCAUUGAUGUUGCCUACCAUCCUGAUGUUCUCCAGGCAGCAGAAAAAGACCAAGUGAAAAAAGAUCAACUAAUACAGAUGGCCAUGAAAUGCAUUGAGGAAAAACUCCAAUUCACUCUCUCAAACUCUUACCAUGUUACCAAAUUUAGAAUAAAAGGAAGUGUUCACAGAAUGAAACAAAAUCUGAUGGGAAUCCAAACUGAUUCCACAGAUUUAAGAGAGAAAAUGAGAAAGGAACUAACCCUUGAACAGUUAAGAAGCAGUACUGUGAGCAAUUCAGAUCAGUUUCCUCAACUUUUACUGCCAAAAGACGAAGUUUCAAGUAAAACAAGGUGUCUGAUAGAAGAGAUUUCUAGUACAGAGAUUGAAGUGGAGAUGAAGAGACCAGCCUAUGAAUUAAAAAUUGUGGCAGAUCAGAAUGAGAAACCUCUGAAAAUUGAAUUAAAAGUUGAACUACCUGGUAUUAAUUCAGUAUCUCACUGUGACCUUAGUGUUUCUGAGGAUGACUUAUUGAUCGAGGUUUCUGAGUACAGAUUACAUCUGAAUCUUCCAGAAUCUGUGGAUACUGAAAUGACUACAGCAAAAUUUAUCAAAGAGAAAGCUACAUUAAUUGUCACAAUGCCAUUGGUGUAA